CAUCCUCUACAUGUUCAUGGCAGUCUCUAUCGUCUGUGACAAGUACUUCUUGCCCUCCCUGGAAAUCAUCAGUGACUGUGUAUUUAUCACAAAGGGAGAUAUUGGUAUCAGCACCAUACUAGGAUCUGCAAUUUACAAUCUCCUUGGCAUCUGUGCUGCCUGUGGCCUCCUAUCCAACAUGGUUUCAACACUCUCCUGCUGGCCCCUGUUCCGAGACUGUGCAGUGUAUGCAGUUAGUGUAGCAGCAGUUUUUGGCAUAAUAUUUGACAACCGAGUUUACUGGUAUGAGGGAAGCGUACUGCUGCUCAUCUAUGGACUGUAUGUUCUGCUGCUGGGUUUUGACACAAGGAUCAGCCGACUGGUCAUGAGAACAUGCAGUCCCUGCUGUCCCUGCCUUGCCAAGGCUAUGGAGGAGAGACAGGAACGGCAAACACUGCUGGGGUGGGAGCAUGAGAGCCAGCUCUCCACUCGUCGCCAGUCAAGGACAGACAGUGGAAUAUUUCAGGAAGAUUCUGGUUACUCCCAGCUUUCUCUAAGUUUGCAUGGUCUCGGUCAGGUUUCUGAAGAUCCACCAAGUGUUUUCAGCAUGCCAGAAGCAGAUUUAAGAAGAAUUUUUUGGGUUCUCUCUCUUCCUGUUAUUACAUUACUUGCUCUGACAACACCAGACUGCAGGAGAAAGUUUUGGAAAAAUUACUUUGUGAUAACCUUUUUCAUGUCUGCACUAUGGAUAUCUAUAUUCACAUACAUCCUAGUUUGGAUGGUCACAGUAACAGGGGAAACUCUAGGAAUCCCAGACACAGUGAUGGGCCUUACUUUGUUGGCAGCAGGGACAAGCAUACCAGAUACAGUUGCAAGUGUGUUAGUUGCAAGAAAAGGUAAAGGAGACAUGGCUAUAUCUAACAUCGUGGGAUCCAAUGUAUUUGAUAUGCUAUGCCUAGGUCUUCCCUGGUUUAUUAAGACUGCAUUUACGAAUGCAUCUGCUCCUAUAGAAGUGAAUAGCAAGGGACUCACUUAUAUAACAAUCUCUCUCAACAUUUCAAUUAUUUUUUUGUUCUUAGCAGUUCAUUUUAAUGGCUGGAAACUAGACCGAAAGUUGGGGGUGGUCUGCCUAGUGUUAUACUUAGGACUUGCUACUUUAUCAGUUCUAUAUGAACUUGGAAUUAUUGGAAAUAACAGAAUAAGGGGUUGCGGAGUUUGAUAUUUUUAAUAGUGUUAUGUGGAAAAGAUGGAAUGAUAG